CAGACUUCACUCCCGCGUUAGUUAAGCCUUUUUUAUAUGCGAUAAAAACUCUUUCGUAUCAAUUUCUCUCACAACUUGAACAGAGCAAGAUCUUAAAUUAUGGUUGUGUCAAUACUGGGAAUUCUGCUGGUUAUGAUAAGUACUAGUAAUGGAGAAGCAAGGGACGACUCGGUGACAGUUGUUUGUCCUGAACAUGAUAUGAAGAACCAAAGUAUUGUUGACUUGGGAGAACUGGGGAUUUUCAGUACCGGCUGUCCUUUUGAUUAUCCUCCAUUGGAAAGAAUAUUUAGUGUAAAACCACAAAGUAGAGAAGAUGUUAACACAGAGUUCCGCUUUUUCAGCCCAUUAAAAAAAGAUAUUCCGCAGAAAAUUAGUAAUAGACCUUUUAAUUCCUCUUGGACUGUUCAUAAUAAUCUUCGUCUGAGGUAUAGUAAAACGUUAUUUAUCUUUCGUGAUUAUUUUGAAAGAAAUUCAGAAUGGCCAUUGAAAAUGAAGAAUGCCAUUUUGAAGGGAAAAUACUUCAAUGUGUAUAUCGUGGACUGGUCAGACGAUAAAGAGCUGAGGUACGAACAAGCAGUUGCAAAUAUACGAGUAAUAGGUGCUGAAGUUGGUCUUUUUAUAGAACAUCUAAUGAAUAUCUCGGAGUUUUAUCCAAGUGACGUGCAUCUCAUCGGCCAUGGUCUUGGUGCACAUGCAGCGGGAUAUGCUGGCAAGUGGCUUCGGGACAGACAAAAUAAGCUAGUUGGUAGAAUUACAGGUUUAGAUCCAGCAGGUCCCUAUUUCAACGGCGUACAUAAAGUGGUGAGAUUAGAUAAAGGUGAUGCUAAAUUUGUUGAUGUUAUACAUACCAACAUGGAUGGAGAAAGCUUAUCAGGGUAUGGGUUAAAACAGCCUAUUGGGCAUGUAGACUUUUAUCCAAAUGGAGGUGAACAUCAGCCUGGUUGCGACUCAGCAUCAGAUACUGCAUUUGGGAAUAGAAAUGAAAUUGCGAGUUACACGAAUGGUUUUGCUAUAUUUUCCAAAGCCGUUCACUUCAAUACUUCACAUAUCACAGAGGAGGAUCACAGAAAAUUGUCUUGCAGCCAUUACAGAGCUUACGAAUAUUUCAUUGCAAGUUUAUAUAACUACGGCUGCUAUUUUGAGUCCACGAGUUGCUACAGCUGGCGAGCAUAUGAUUUUGGUAUAUGCUUGUCUUGCGCUAACACCAUAUGCCUGAGGAUGGGGUUUUAUUCUGAGUUAGAUGCAUAUUCAAAGCAAAUCGAAGGAUCUUUGAAGCUUUACUUGAAAACUAAGCCUUCAUUUCCCUAUUGUAUUAUGAAUAUUGAAGAGGAGAUAGAAAAUUCCUUCUCUGCUUCAUCUGCAACUAUUGCUGAAGUUUACAAAAUGACUUCGAGAUUAAGCCCAAAAACAUAUUAUACUAUAAAACCUGAAAAAUAAUGAAAUGAAACAUAAUUUUACUAAACAUAUUGAAAAAUAAGAAAUAUAUUUACCUAAAUAGGUAGUGAUAUGAAUAUAACAAACCACAUAAUUAUAGAGAAUCUUUUCAAAUACAGUAUGUCUUUCAGUACUUUCAGAACUUGAAUUCUUCUUUUUGCCAUUGCACCAAAGCACAUCAUUAUCAGUGCCAUUUAAGUCAUUAAAAUAGUUUAAUAAAUUUUAGCAAAAAACGAAUCGAUGGGAAGUGGGACAUGUGUAGAGAUAAGGUAAUAAAUUAUUAUAUUUUAAUUUAUGUUGCCCCUUACUUUUGUGUUUUAGAAAUGUGAAUACAAAGUGAAAUUUCAAUUCGAAGUAUAGCGGUUUUUGAAAUACAAAUAUUAUGUUAAAGUGUGAUUAAAAAACUUCGCUUUGUAAGAAUUUAACUUAAUACUGUCCAUAAAUAUUGUGCUAAAAUAAAAUUGU